AGCGGCCGAUCAUCAGAUCCCUGGCCGCGGUCGAGUUCGUGUAUCUGAUGACGUCCUCCUGUUCUGCAACAUUCAACAAAACUCGGUUCCCUGAUCUACCUAGGUCCUAAAGUCUGAUAUUUUCUAUCCCACCUAUAUGUUGGCCGUAAUUCUAUCUGCUACCGUACGUUGUUUGUUUAUGCCAUUGCCCUCCGGUAUAGCUGCUGCAGAGCGGAGCCUCUUUACCGGUACAUCAUCUCCACAGUAACAGGAGCAAGCGAUUGACCAUCGUCUAAGAUGGACAAGCAUGGCUCGAAGGGCCAGGCCAUGGAGACAAAUAUGGGCGUGGACUACGUUGUCCACUACAAGUUCACGAGUGUUGACAAGAAAGAUGCCGCCGUCCAGUUCGAGAAGCUCGUCUCAGCCCUAGGGAAAGUCGGUUUGGCCACCGAAGUGCGGCAGGGAGAUAGAACGUCUCUUCUUGUCUUCGUGAAGGUUGCUUCUUCGGAGCACCUAUACGGAGAAAUAUAUCGUUCAAGAGCUCGAGAUUGGAUUCAUGGCGUUCAAUCCUCAGCACCACCGAAGGAGAUGAAAGAGGCUAUCGAAAAGGACCCAUUGACCGAAGCAGAACGCCUCCGAAUCAUACAUCAGCUAAUAACGAACUCGGAGGGGGAUGGUGGAGCUGGCAUCACGCCGAAGGAAGGACAAUGGAAGAACGUCGAUUCGAUCUUCGCCCUACACAACCACCAGUACAAUAAGGAGUGGAUCAAGAAAUGGAGUACUUCGUACUUCCUAUCGGCAGAAGACCUCGAUGCCAUAAGGAAUCGGCUGGGCGAGAGAAUCGCCUUCUAUUUUGCGUUCACCCAGUCGUACUUCUCCUUCCUACUGUUCCCUGCCGUAUUUGGCGUCUCUGCUUAUUUCUUGCUCGGACACUUCUCGCCGAUCUACGCCAUCGUCAAUGCCUUCUGGUGUAUCAUAUUUACCGAGUACUGGAAGCACCAGGAAGUCGAAUUGGCCAUCCGCUGGGGCGUCCGUCACGUCUCCCAGAUCGAGAAUAGGAGACGAGAGUUCAAGCAUGAAAAGGAGAUCCGCGAUCCGGUUACUGGCGAAAUGGUGACCUGGUUUCCGGUUCGAAAGAGGUUGCAAAGGCAGCUUCUCCAGAUUCCCUUCGCUGCUUGCGUGCUCGUUGCCCUUGGAAGCUUGAUUGCAACGUGUUUUGGCAUUGAGAUCUUCAUCUCAGAGAUCUAUAACGGGCCAAUGAAGUGGCUUCUCGUUUUCCUUCCGACGAUCAUUGUUUCGAGUUUUCUUCCGAUUUUGACGACCAUCAUGACGACGAUCGCGACGCAGCUUACGACUUACGAGAACUACGAGACCGAGGGUGCACAUGAGACAGCUAUGACGCAGAAGAUCUUUGUCAUUAACUUCAUCACAUCGUACCUGGGUAUUUUCCUCACGGCUUUUGUUUAUGUUCCGUUUGGUAGUAUUGUGGUUCCCUACCUGGACGUUUUCAGUGUUACCUGCCAGGCCUUUGCUGAACAUGAGAAGCAACUUACGGUGUCCCAAGAUGGCUUCACCAUCAACCCUGAUCGGUUGCGGAAGCAAGUCAUUUAUUUCACGGUUACUGCCCAGGUGGUGAAUCUAGCCAUGGAAGUGAUUGUCCCCUAUCUGAAACGCAGGGGCUUCUCAAAGUUCCGCCAAUUUCAGAAUGAUAGGGCCGCACGAAGGGGCGGUGCUUUGCCCGAGCCUUCUGAAAACGAUCACCCGGAAGAGGCAGUGUUCCUUGCGCGAGUGAGGAACGAAGCGGAGCUGGAUGUCUAUGAUGUCACUACAGAUCUUAGGGAGAUGGUGCUUCAGUUCGGCUACCUAUCCCUUUUCUCCGUCGUCUGGCCUCUGACCGGCCUUUCCUUCGUCUUCAACGACUGGCUCGAACUUCGAGCCGACGCCCUCAAGAUCUGCGUGGAGAUGAAACGUCCUACCCCAGCUCGAGCGGACACCAUCGGAUCAUGGCUGGAUAGUCUCUCAUUCCUCACAUGGGUGGGCAGUCUUACCACGUCGGCACUUGUCUACAUGUUCUCCAACGACGGCCUCGGACCCGAUGGAUCACCCGAAGCUAUUACCGGAUGGAAGCUGUUGCUGGCCGUCAUGAUAUCCGAGCACGCCUUCCUCACCGUGCGGUGGCUCGUCCGCGUGGCCAUCUCCAAGCUCGACUCGCCCGGCCGGCAGAAGGAACGGCGAGAGCGGUAUGCGGUGCGGAGGAAGUAUAUCGAGGAGUCGUUGGAGGAGCUCAGCAAAAAGCAAGGCCCUGUGGAGCUGGCGCCUGAUGAGGAGAAGAUUGACCGGGCCAGUUUGGAAGAAGAUGCGCGACACGCAGGAGAAUCGAAUGUUGAAGACCGGUUCUGGGCGCGGCAGAGGGGUUGGAGAGAGACGGCUCAGGUUGGGGCGGGUUACAUUGAGAGGGGACCAUCGGAGGAUCCGAAGGAAAAGAAGAUACAGUGACCGUAAUGGCCAAGGGGGAAAAAACGGACGGGUGGGAUAUACAACAUUCGAUGACCGAGACGACUCUCCGUUUAUGGGCAUCCGCAAAUAUAUGCAUUGAUAGUGUUUACUCAGCAACCUGUUAUCGCGUCGGCUUUCUGCAGACAUGAGUACUACGAACAUCAAAUGCAGCGCUAGUUUCGAUCAAAAUCUCGAAAUUGC